UCUGCGUUUUACCUCAUGUGUCCUCGGCUUGGCCAUGGAGGGACGGUGCGCUGUCGACACGUGGACUCAGCUCGGGGGCUCGGGCGCGCGCGACACGGCGAAGCUGAUCAGCUGUGAGCCUCACGUGUUCAUCUGCGACGGGAGCCACCAAGUCUACGUCUUCAACACUAAAGAGAGGAAACUCGCGGCGGUGCUCCAGUCACCUGCUCCAGUCACUGACCUGUCACCUGGUCCUACCUGUGACCUCCUGUCACCUGGUCCUACCUGUGACCUCCAGUCACCUGGUCCUACCUGUGACCUCCAGUCACCUGGUCCUACCUGUGACCUCCAGUCACCUGGUCCUACCUGUGACCUCCAGUCACCUGCUCCUACCUGUGACCUCCUGUCACCUGGUCCUACCUGUGACCUCCUGUCACCUGCUCCUACCUGUGACCUGGAAGCUGAAAGACAGACGCACAUCCUCUUUGUGUCCUGUGCGUCUGGAGUUUAUUGUGUCGACCUGCAGUGUUUGCUGGACAGGGCUCCAGCCUCCCCCGGCCCGGCGGAGCUGGGCGUCUCCCCGGAGCGGCUGGUGGUGGAGGCGGGCGGAGCGUCGUCCCUGCUGCUGGUCGGCUCUGUGCUCCUCACUCUCAGCCAGAGAGACGAGUCCUGGCUGCUGACGGUCCAUCAAACCCAGACCCCGCCCGGCCGGUGUGAGGAGCUGGGCUCCUUCAGCCUGCCUCUGGUGCCGGAGUCCGGACCGAGGAGGAGGAGGAGGAGGACUGUGCUGAUCUGCCUCCACUGUGGCGACGCUUCGCCUCCGUCCUCCUCCUCAGAUUCCUCUCUGCCCGGCGGCCACUUCCGCCUGGAGCCGCUCAUGUUCAGGCUGCUGUUCGGGGUGGAGGCCGCCCUGGCCGGCUCGCCGGUCGUCCUGUGCGGCCUGCCGGACGGGCGCCUGGCCUUCGCGCCGCUCCGCCUGCCGGGGUCCCGGCUCCGAGUCCUGCACAGCCUGGAGCAGCCGGUGGCCGUGGUGGCGGCUCCCGGUCCGGGACUCGCUCGCUGCUUGGUGGCGCUGGGCGAACGAGGCGGACUGGUCCUGAUCGGGGCCGACCGGGGCGGCGGGCUGGGCUUCACCGAGGCCCGCGUGGCGGCGCCGGCGCCCGUGGCCUGCGGCUGCGUGGAUGAGCGGCGUCUGUACUACAGCACCGGCUCGGACCUGCUGGCUCUGGAUUUACCAGAGGGAUCAUCAGGGGGAGACGGCGGCGAGGAGGCCGCCGCCCUUCCAAGCCCCACCAGCCUGAACGUGUGCAGGGUGGCGGCCCUGUCGGAGCCCGCACGCCACACUGCAGGUGGCGUGGAGCUGCUGGCGCUCUCUGAGCGAGGACGCCUCCUCAGGAUCCGCCUCCCUGAGCGCAGAGCCGAGUCGGGGGUCGCCACGCCGCCGUCCUCCCAGGCGGGCCGCAGACUCCGGGACCUGCUGUCCGCCAUCGGGGACGUCUGUGAGAGGGCGUCGGCUCUGGAAACCGUCAUCAAGUCCAGAAACGCCGUCCUGCGGCGCCUCAACCAGGUGAUCAGCGUGAGCCUGCUGCUGGCCGCCGAGCCCCCCGCCCCGCGGCAGAGGCCCGUCCGGUGUGUGGGCGGGGCCAGCUGGAGCAGCCUGCUGCAGAGACGCGUCCUGACCCUCCGCUGCGUCCUGCACAACGCCAGUCCCUACGUCCUGGAGGCGGGCUGGACCCUGAGCCUCGCCGUGCUCCCCCUCUGCGCUCCGGCCCCGGCGGGAGGGGGGAGUCCCUCCAGGAGCUUCUCCUUCCCGCUGCGGCGUCUGUCCUCCGGGGACAAGCUGGAGGUGUCCGUCCCUUUAGCGGAGGACGGCGACGCCUGCUUCCCUCUGUCGGUGAGCUGCUCGCUCGUCUUCUCGCUCUCCGGCCUGCUGGGGGGCGAGGAGGCGGGACGCCCCGCCGGCUGUGUCAGCCUGCCUCUCGACACGCUGACAGUGGACUGGCUGCACGGCCUGCGGGUCGGCGGUCCGAGAGCCGGCGCCGUCGGAGGCGACCUGUCGGGUUUCCUGCGGUCACACGGCGGCAGACGGAACGAGAGCGGCUCCACCCAGACCUACUGCGCCUGCGUCCGGGUCUCUGCAGCGCUGCUGAGCCGCGCCCUGCUGCCGGAGCGCUCCGACCCGGACCCUGAAGAGCCCAGACCGGCGCCGCCGGACCUCCGCCUGGCCCUGCUGGACUGGCUGCUGUCCGGAGGAGGCGGAGCGGCGAGGGCGGAGCCCCGGGAGCUGCAGGCGGACCGCAGAAGCGCCGUCGUCCUCGCCUGCGCUCCCGACGGGGCGCCGGUCAGACUCUCGGCUGCAGAGGUAGCUGCGGGGGAGGAGUCCCCGGCCGCCGUCCGGGUCCAGGCUGAGAGCCCGUCCGUGGCGGCGGUGUGUGGGCUGCACCACGCCCUGCUGAGCAGGAUCCAGACUCUGCUGCAGAAGGCUCCGGAGGAAACUUCCUCCACAUCGGUCCAGAGUUUAGCACUGAGACGAGCGCUGCAGAGAGCCGAGAUGCAUCAGAACCGGAUCUCGGCGGCUCUCGCCACCGCCGCCGCGUCCGCCGGCCAGAUUAACCAGCAUCUCCUCGCUGUUUACAGAGAACUCAGAGAAAAUCCUCUGCUCAUAACGUGACGCCUGCAGCCGCCCGUCUGUGUUCAGUAAUUAAUAUUCCUCUCCGCUGUUCGGGAAACGCUCUCGAGAUCCGGAGCCUCGUGUCGGGAACGAGGCUGGAACCCUCCCGACGACCGUCUCAGGCUCUCUUUACAAACUGAAACGUUGAGUUUGAGCGACUGCAGAGCAAACCGCUGUGACGACGGCCUGUGUUCCAGGUGUGUUUCUGGUUCCCAGUCCUGAGCUGUGAACCAGGAACCAGCCACUGUUGGACUGCUGUUUGAUUCCCUCCCAUCAGGUUCUGAUGUGCAGAUGGUUGUCGUUUCACACACGGCGUUUGGGAAGCUUAAGAGAGAUUUCCUUUAAUAAAGAUAUAAAAGAUAAAUAAGAAUGAAAAAGAUGAGCCCUUCUGAUAUAAUCC